AUGGAGAACACUACAAGUUCACCAAAUGGUAAAAGAAUGAGUGGUAGGUCAUCAAAAAGUAGUAAUAGUAAAAAGAUUAGUAGCAUUAAAUCAAGUUCUAGUCCGACAACAACAACAACAACACCAACACCAACAACAACACCAACACCGAUAACAGCAACUAAUGAUCAUGGUACACGUGAAGAAGAAAAUUUGUUACCUAUAAAUAUAGAAAAUAGUACGACAGCAAAAACUGAUUUAUCACCAAGUACGAAUGGAAAUGGUCUAGUAAAUGGCCACCAAACUCAACCCACCACAACUGUUGAACUAUCAAAUUCAACACCAAUAUCAUCUCCAACUAAAACAACACCAAUACCAGCAACACCAAUAUCAACAUCAAUAACAAUAACAACAAAUGGUAGUAGUAGUAAUAGUAAUAGUGACGAUAAGAAUACUACUCCAACAACGACAGUACUUACACAAACAACAAAAAGUACAAAAUCAUCAAAGAAAUCAAUAUCAUCAUCAUCCUCUUCUUCUUCAUCACACUCUAGAUCUAGGUCAAGAUCAUCAGAUGGUAAACAUAGUAAAAAGUCAUCAAAGAGGCCAAGUAAGGAUAAAAAGUCUGAAAGACAUUCAAGAUCAAAAUCAAGAUCAAGGUCAAGAUCGGCAUCAUCCUCAGAAUCAUCAUCCUCAUCAUCAUCAUCAUCAUCAGACUCUUCAAGAUCAAGAUCAAGAUCAAAAAAUUCUAAACAUAAAAAGAGUAGUAGUAAUGGUAACAACAACACAAAUCAAACAACAUCAGCAAUUCCAACUACAUCAACGACACAUAAAAAUAGUAGGUCAAGAUCAAGGUCAAGAUCAAAAUCAAGGGAUAGAAAGAAAUCACAUUAUAAUAAUAAUAAUAAUAAUAGUAGUAGUAGUAAUAAUAACAAAUCAUUAACAUCAAAAGAUAAGCGAAGAUCAAAGAGUAGAUCAAGAUCAAAAUCAAAAUCAAAAUCAAGGUCAAGAUCAAGAACAAAAUCAAGGUCAAGAUCAAGGGAUAGAAAACGUAGUGAUAGGUAUUAUAGACGUCGUAGUAGUUAUAAUUCAUCAGAUGUUGGAAGUGAUAGUAGAAGAUCUUCAAAAAAGUUUAGAAAUAGAUCAAGUAGAUCAAAGAGUAAAAGUAGAUCACGUUCAAGAAGCAGUGGUAGAAAACAUAAAUCAAGCAGGUCACGUUCAAGAAGUACCACUAAAAGUAAUAGAGAUACUAAAAGUAGUAGAAUGGAUAUUAGUAGAUCACGUUCAAGAAGUAAAUCAGCUGGUGCUGGCGGAAGAAGGAGAGAUAGAUCACCAAAACGUACUAAAACAACUGAUAGAAGUAAAUCAAGAUCAAGAUCAAAUAGUAAUGGAAGAUCAAGAAAAAAAAGAGGUAGAUCAAGAGAUAGAAGUAGAAGUCUUUCUUCAAAAAGAAAAUCAUCUGGUUGGGAUAAUCUCCCAAGUGAAUCUUCAAAUUCUGAAAAUAAGAAUACAACAUUGCAAGCCUCUCCUACAAUAACAACUUUUACAGUAAAACCAAGUGAGAAUCCUAUUUCAUCACCAUCAUCUCAAUUUAAACCUCAAAUUGGUGCACCAGUUAUACAAACAGCAACACCACUUCAACAACCACCACAUCAAUUACAUCAUCACCAAACACAAAUUUUUUCAUCAAUACCGACAUCUCCAUCAACAACAAUUAUUCAACCAACAACAACAACAACACCAAUACCACCAACAUUAAAUCAAUCAACAUCACAAGAUCAAUCUAGGAUUUAUGUUGGUAGUUUACAUUUUAGUUUAACAGAAGAUGUUAUAAGAGCAACAUUCUCUGUGUUUGGUAAUAUAAAAUCACUUGCUUUAGGUAAAGAUGCAAGUGGAAAAUCUAAAGGAUAUGCAUUCAUAGAGUAUGAUAAUCAAGAAUCAGCGGCAAAAGCAUUACAAAGUAUGACAAACUAUGUAAUGUGUGGAAGAGCUAUAAAAGUGGCCCGUCCUUUUACUGGGACUGGAAGCCAUCAACAACAACAACAGCAACAACAACAACAGCAACAACAACAAAUAUUAUUAUCACCAAACCACCAACAAAUUCAACCCCCUGUACAGCAACAACAACCACAACAACAACAACAACAACAACAACCAUUACAAAUUCAUCACCAAUCACUUUUACCACAUCACACACAACAACCACAGCAGCAACAACAACAACAGCACCCAAUUUUAUCACAAUCUCAUCAUCCACCUCAACAUCCAACACCAGAUGUUCCAAAGCCAAAUGAAUCAGCUCCACCAGUUCCAAUUAAUGAAGCAAGCAGAAUAUAUAUCGGUUCAAUUAAUUGGAAUGUUACUGAAGAUCAAGUUAGAAGUAUUUUUAGUCAAUUUGGAAGAGUCAUUUCUUGCUUUUUAAUGCAAAAUGCAGACACAGGUAAACAUAAAGGUUUUGGAUUCGUUGACUUUGAAUUGAAGAAAUCUGCCGAUGAUGCAAUUGCUACUAUGAAUGGAUUUGAGUUAUUAGGUAGAUCAAUUAAGGUUGGCAGACCCACAAAAAGUUCGAACAAUAAUAAUAACAAUAAUAAUAGUAUUAACAAUAACAACAACACCAAUAAUAAUAAUAAUAACAAUAAUAUUAAUAAUAAUAUUAAUAAUAAUAAUAAUAAUAAUAACAAUAAUAAUAACACUAACACUAAUAAUAAUAAUAUUAAUAAUAAUAACAACAAUAAUAUUUUCAAUAAUGGUAAUAUUGUUGAUAAAACAACAUUUUUAGAGAAUGAGCCAUCCUUAACCUCUGAGCAAAGAAUUCAACUAACACAAAAACUUUUGGGAAGUGAUACAACUCAACCAUCAAGAUGUUUAGUUUUAAAGAAUGCAGGAUCACCAGAUGAUAUAGACUCAUCAUUUGAAGAUGAUAUUAGAUCAGGAUGUAAUGAAUUUGGUGAAAUUGAAAAGUUAGUUAUUAAAUCUGAUAGUCAAAGUGUAAAAGUAUAUAUUUUAUUUAAAGAUCUUUAUUCUGGCAUGGCUUGUCAGUCAAAAUUAAAUGGAAAAUAUUUUAGUUAUCAUUGCAUUAAAGCAGAAUUCUAUGACGUACACUUAUUUAACAAAGAUGUAUUUGUGUAA